AUGGCGCCUCUCUCACACCCUUCGAUCCGCGAUGGCUGGUUCCGCGAGAUCUCGUCUCAAUGGCCCGGGCAGGCCAUGACCCUCAAGGUCAACAAAAUCUUGCAUGUCGAGAAGUCUCUGUACCAGGACGUGCUUGUCUUUGAGAGCGAGACAUACGGCAACGUUCUCGUUCUUGACGGUGUCAUCCAGUGCACUGAGCGCGACGAAUUCUCUUACCAGGAGAUGAUCACGCAUCUGCCCAUGGCAAGCCACCCGAACCCAAAGAAGGUGCUCGUCAUUGGUGGUGGUGACGGUGGUGUUGUGCGCGAGGUGCUCAAGCACGACACUGUCGAGAAGGUUGUGCUUUGCGACAUUGACGAGGCUGUCGUUCGUGUCUCCAAGCAAUUCCUCCCGCACAUGUCCGAGCUGCUCGCUUCCGACCGCGUCGAGGUCUUCAUCGGCGAUGGCUUCAAGUUCCUCGCUGACAACACCGCGACAUACGACGUGAUCAUCACUGACUCGUCUGACCCCGUUGGCCCUGCCGCUGCUCUCUUCGAGAAGCCGUACUUCCAGCUCCUCCACGACGCGCUCACUCCGGGCGGUCACAUCAGCACCCAGGCCGAGUGCCUCUGGCUUCACCUUCCUCUUAUCUCUCAGCUGCGCGAGAGCACCCGGGAGAUCUUCGAGACGGCCGAGUACGCUUUCACCACCAUCCCCACGUACCCGUCCGGUCAAAUCGGCUUUGUUGUCUGCUCGACGCAGAAGGGCCGCGACUUGAAGACGCCUGUGCGCAAGGUCCCGAACACCAGGUACUACAACCAGCAAGUCCACAGCGCCGCGUUCAUUCUUCCCGAGUUCGGUCGUGCUCUCAUCGAGGAGGGCAAGAACAUCACGCCUAAGUUCGGUCGUGAGGGUCUUGCUAUCGCUCAGGCGAACAAGCCCAAGAAGAAGGUGCUUCUUCUCGGCAGUGGCUUCGUCGCACGCCCCGCAGCGGAGUACAUUGUUCGCGACCCGUCUAACUCGUUGACGAUCGCCUGCCGCACGCUGAAGAGCGCUGAGGCACUUGGUGAGGGUCUUCCCGAGACCAAGGCGAUUUCGCUCGACGUCAGCAACACUUCGGCUCUUGAGGUCGAAGUCGCCGCACACGACCUCGUUAUCUCUCUCAUCCCCUACACUUUCCACGCCGAGGUCAUCAAGGCCGCCAUCAAGGGCAAGACCGACGUCGUCACCACCUCGUACGUCUCGCCCGCCAUGCGCGAGCUCGACGCCGCUGCCAAGGAGGCUGGCAUUGUCGUGAUGAACGAGAUCGGCCUUGACCCGGGUAUCGACCAUCUCUACGCCGUCAAGACGAUCGAGGAGGUGCACGCCAAGGGCGGCAAGGUCAAGCAGUUCUUGUCGUACUGCGGUGGUCUUCCCGCGCCGGAGUGCUCAGACAACCCGCUUGGCUACAAGUUCAGCUGGAGCUCGCGUGGUGUGCUCCUUGCGCUACUCAACAACGGUAGCUUCUACCAGGACGGCCAGGCGGUGAACGUCAAGGGCGGUGACGAGCUCAUGGGUAUCGCCAAGCCGUACUACAUCACGCCUGCGUUCGCGUUCGUCGCGUACCCCAACCGCGACUCAAAGCCGUUCCGUGAGGCGUACAACAUCCCGGAGGCGGAGACCGUCGUCCGUGGUACGCUCCGCUACCAGGGCUUCCCCGCGUUCAUCAAGACGCUUGUCGAUGUUGGUUUCCUUGACCAGGAGGCAAAGGACUGGUUGAAGGAGGGGAUCACUUGGGCGGAGAUCACGCAGAAGGCCGUCGGCGCGUCGGAUGCUUCGGAGGCUGCGCUCAUUGAGACGAUCAAGUCGAAGACCAGCUUCCCCGACAAGUCCGAGGAGCAGCGCAUCAUCUCCGGUCUGCGCUGGAUCGGCCUCUUCUCGAAGGAGAAGGCGCCCGUCCGUGCGGGCAACCUCCUCGAUACGCUCUGCGCGCGUCUUGAGGAGCUCAUGAAGUACGACGAGGGCGAGCGCGACCUCGUUAUGCUCCAGCACAAGUUCUUCGUCGAGUGGGCUGACGGCACCGAGAGCAUCCUCACGUCGACUCUUGAGGCGUACGGCGCACCGGCAGGCCACUCUGCGAUGGCGCUCCUCGUCGGCGUACCGUGCGGUAUUGCGACCCAGCUCGUUCUUGACGGCGUCAUCAACCAGAAGGGUAUCCAGGCGCCGUACUCGAAGGAGAUCUGCGACCCCAUUCGCGAGAUCCUCGAGAAGGAGGGUAUCGGUAUGGUUGAGAAGGUCCUGUAA